AAUGAAUACAUAAGAAAAAUAAGUACGUGUUUAUGCAGAUGGGGUUUAUGAUAUGUUUCAUUAUGGACAUGCACGUUAAUUAGAGUAAUGCAAAAAGUUAUUCCCAAACACUUAUUUGAUAGUUGGAGUGUGUUCUUAAGAAGAUGUAGAGAAAUUUAAAGGAAAAUCAGUGAUGGAUGGUUAAUAAAGAUAUGAGAGUGUAAAACAUUGUAAAUGGUAUAAAUAGAUUAAUUAAAUACAGGGCUGAUGAAGUAGUAUAUCCUGCACCAUGGAUAAUUGAUGAGAAAUUCUUAAAUGAUCAUAAUAUAGAUUAUGUAGCACAUGAUGAUAUACCAUAUUAAACUGCUGAAGUUGAUGAUGCUUAUGCUUUAUGUAAGAAGUUAGGAAAAUUCAAGGUAAAAAUAAGAUACAUAUAUUCAUAGGCAACUAAAAGAACUGAAGGAAUAUCAACAACUGAUAUAAUAGGAAAGAUAUUAAAAGAUAGACAUAAGUAUUUAAAAAGAAACAUUGAGAGAGGAAUGAGUAGAUAAGAACUAGGAAUGGGAUUAUGGGAAUAUUAUUAAUUAAAAUAUGAUUGGUUAUUUUGUUAAAAAAGAAAAAGAAAGCAAGAUUGAUU